GGGGGUCGGUGGCUGCUGGGCGGGCAGGGCGCAGGCCGCGGGACCCGAUCCCGGGGGAGCGAGAGAGCGGAGGCGCCGAGGAGCCGAUUCACUCGCUGGGGAGACUUAUGGGCCGAAGCCGUGUAAAUGCGUUUUAAGCAGGGGCCUCGGCUCCGCAACUGCCACUCCUCCUCGGGGUGUUGCACAAGUUCCGAGGUCACCGGCGACCCCCCCUAGCAGCGCGCCUGGCUCUGGCCCCCGCGAAGGAGGACGGAGCUUGUGUGUUGCAUACUUUCUAAGGCGGCGGCUGCAGCAGCGGCUCCAUCCAGCCCGUCAGCUCCUCCUGCAAGGCAUGGCUGGCUACCUGAGUGAAUCGGACUUUGUGAUGGUGGAGGAGGGCUUCAGUACCCGAGACCUGCUGAAGGAACUCACUCUGGGGGCCUCAGAGGCCACCACGGACGAGGUCGCUGCCUUCUUCGUGGCUGACCUGGGUGCCAUAGUGAGGAAGCACUUUUGCUUUCUGAAGUGCCUGCCACGAGUCCGGCCCUUUUACGCUGUCAAGUGCAACAGCAGCCCAGGUGUGCUGAAGGUUCUGGCCCAGCUGGGGCUGGGCUUCAGCUGUGCCAACAAGGCAGAGAUGGAGUUGGUCCAGCAUAUUGGAGUCCCUGCCAGUAAGAUCAUCUACGCCAACCCCUGUAAGCAAAUUGCACAGAUCAAAUAUGCUGCCAAGCAUGGGAUCCAGCUGCUGAGCUUUGACAAUGAGAUGGAGCUGGCAAAGGUGGUAAAGAGCCACCCCAGUGCCAAGAUGGUUCUGUGCAUUGCUACUGAUGACUCCCACUCCCUGAGCCGCCUGAGCCUGAAGUUUGGAGUGUCACUGAAAUCCUGCAGACACCUGCUUGAAAAUGCGAAGAAGAGCCAUGUGGAGGUGGUGGGUGUGAGUUUUCACAUUGGCAGUGGCUGUCCUGACCCUCAGGCCUAUGCUCAGUCCAUCGCAGAUGUCCGGCUCGUGUUUGAAAUGGGCACCGAGCUGGGUCACAAGAUGCACGUUCUGGACCUUGGUGGUGGCUUCCCUGGCACAGAAGGGGCCAAAGUGAGAUUUGAGGAGAUUGCUUCUGUGAUCAACUCAGCCUUGGACCUGUACUUCCCAGAGGGCUGUGGUGUGGACAUCCUUGCUGAGCUGGGGCGCUACUACGUGACCUCGGCCUUCACUGUGGCAGUCAGCAUCAUUGCCAAGAAGGAGGUUCUGCUGGAUCAACCUGGCAGAGAGGAGGAAAAUGGUUCCACCACCAAGACCGUUGUGUACCACCUUGAUGAGGGCGUGUAUGGGAUCUUCAACUCAGUCCUGUUUGACAACAUCUGCCCUACCCCCAUCCUGCAGAAGUCUAAGAGCCACCCACCCUGUGCAUGUCUCUAGAGUUCAUUCAUUUCACUGCUGUGUAGCGCUCUUUUGCAAAGCUGGACAUCUCUUUGUAUAUUUACUGGCCACACGUGUUUCCAGGAACUUCUUCCAGGGACUUUGUAAGUUGGCAUUGCCCUUCAUGUCUGAAUUUCUCCACUGAGUGGUCUGUACCCACUGCCCCUGCUCACUCAGCUCCCUUAGCCCUUCCAACCUCUCCAGUCAGGUACCUGUUCCAUGAUGCCAUGGAAGAUGCUCUUGAAAGUCACUUCCAUGCUGCUAGCUCUUCCAUGUGGCUCUUCUGUCCCAGCAGCUGGUCCUCCUCUGUUUUCAUGCUCACCUCUCCUGGCUUCUGUGGCAACAUCCUGGGCCUUGGCUACUCUUCUGCUGUUCUCACCUUGUCUCCUUGGCACUUCUCCUGCUCACCCUUUAAGUGUUGACUGUCUUGGGCCUCAGUCCUUGAUCUUCUCUGUCUAUGUGUACUUCCUAAGUAAAUGCUUCCAGACUGAGGCUCUUAGUAUUUUCCAUACUAUCAUCACUGCCACAUUUCUAUCUCUACCCUGGAUCGCACCCCUGAGCUCCAGACUUCUACAUCCAGCUACCCACUUGAUAUUCCUACUGGGAUUUCACAGACAUCUCAAUUCACUUGUUCAGAACUGAACUCUUGAUUUCCAACCCCAAACUUCUCUCGGUAAAUAGCACUGCCACUAGCCAACUGCUGAAGCUAAAAAAGUUGGCAUUAUUCUUGAUUCUUGCUUUCCCUCUCCUUCCACAUGCAGUCCACCUGCAAUUCUUGAGUGUAGUUCCAAAAUACAUUUUGAAUUCAGUGAAUUCUUUCUCUGUCACCACCCUAAUGCAAGCCACCAUUGCCUCCUGCUUGAGCUACUGCAGUAACCAUUAACUGGUUUUCCGCCCCCUACUCCUACCUGCUUACCACCCAUUUUCCACGCUGCAGACAGAAUGAUCUUUUAAAAUCCCAAAGACUAUGCCCCUCCUCUGCUUAACACCUUCCCACUGCUCUCAGAAUAAAACCUAGACUCUUUACCACAACCAGCAAGGCUCCCGCCAUCUUCCCAGCCACCUCUUGCCUCACUCCUGUCCCUGUUUUCAGCUCCACUUACCAGCUCCAGCCCCACUCCCCUCCUUUCUGUUUUUGUAACACCUAAGUUGUUUCUGCUCUCAGGGCCUUUGCAUUCGCUCUGCCCAGAGUGCUCUUUCACUCACCCCUGAGACAGCUGCUGUAUUCUCUUUCUUAUGUCUCAGCUCAGAUGUCACCUCGUCAGGGAGGCCUUUCCUGACUGCCCUCUCUAAAGUAGGCUCACCUCCCUCAAUCAGAUAAUUUUGAUACCCUGCUUAUUUUCUUCACAGCCCAUCAUAAUCUGUUAAUUAUCAUGUUUUUGUUUACUUGCCUAUAGUCUGUCUUCUCCAUUAGCAGGUAGGCUCUAUGAGGGCAGCCACCUUGUCCAAUUAGUUUCCUCUGAGUUCCCAGCACUAGACACAGUGCCUGGCACAUAGUAGGUGCUCACUAAAUAUCUGUUGAAUGAAUUGUGAAUGAAUGAAUCAAUCAUUCAAUAAACUGAGAGACCUUUGACGGUCUCAUAUCUGUUCAUAUCUGUUUCCCUAGUACAGAAGUUGGCACACAGUAGGUUUAGUAUAUGUUGGAAUUGAAUAGAUUUUUUUUUUUUUGAGAUGGAAUCUCAC